AUGGCGACUGUCACCAACGCCCCCGCGGACCUGCCGCUCGAGCAGCUGUCGCUCUACCACGCCUCCGACCCCUACAUUGCCUCCGUCUUCGUCUUCUACGGCCCCGUCGCGACCGCAAAUGCCACCGUCAGCAGCUCGCGCAUCCAGGCGCAUAUCGUGACCCCCGCCGGCUUCCAGAGCUAUCCCCGCAUCACCGUCUCUCCCGCCGCCCCGCUGUACGCCGCCGUCAACCACCUCCCCCGCGAGAAGCAAGGCGACGAGGUCAGUCGCGGCCUGGCCGUCAGCAUGCUGAAGUACUUCGCAGAGCUGUCCGACCCAGCCAAAGAAUGCCUCCAGGCCAUGGCUCGCGCGGGGAAACCAGGUGUCAAGGCUCCCAAACUCUUCGACGAGAUGCAUGCCGCCGAUUUGGCGAAUCGAAUGACAAAAGUCGAUCACGCCUCCGAGUUAGUGCGCGACAUCCGAGGCGCCUUUCAGGAGCGCAAGGUGCCCUGGGUCGAUAUCGAUGUCGUCCUGCCCGCCGGGACGAUCCAAGUCCCCGAGCCCGAUAAUGAUGAUAAUGUUUAUGAUGGUAAUGCAGACUUCUAUGACGGCCCCGAUCUCCGAUAUGGCCCAUAUACCGCCCUCAUCCAGACCCUGGGCGCCCCCAUGUUCCUUCCCACCUCCCGACUCAAGCGCGCACCGUCCCAGCCGACCAACGUGAGCAAAUCGAAAAUAUUCUCCGCCAGUCAAAAACAGGCUCUGCGAUUGACCAUGUGCGAGCUGGUGGAUACGGAGGAGCGCUACGUCAAUAAGCUAUACACCCUCGUUUGCCAGGUGGCGGAGGAAUACCGAAUGAAAGCCCAGUUGCGCCUGUCAUCGAGUACGAGUCCGGACGAGGCUGAUCUGGCGACUCUGUUCCCGCCGUGCUUGAAUGAAAUCCUCCAGGUGAACAUGGGUUUUCUGAGUGUGAUUCGUCAAGUCUUGGAAGAAACAGAGAAAGACGCCAUUGCAGACAUGACUGAAGAUACGGAGCUUUCAUCGUCUAUGUCGCAACGCACAUCGUCCAGGGAGGACAAAGACACUAUCGGUGCUGUGGCAUUUGCAGACGCACUCCUGGACUGGUUCCCUCAAUUCUCCGAGCCGUAUGCGGACUACAUGCGGGCCCAUACCGGCUUCACUCAGACGUUGAACUCGUUCAUGAAAGAUAAGAAUUCCAGUUUCUCCAAGCGCGUAUACGAGACCGGGGAACAGAAACUCCGCUCACUUCUCAUGGAGCCUGUUCAGCGUCUGCCCCGAUAUAGUCUCCUCAUCGACACAAUGACUAGUAGUCUGCCGUUGGUACACCCGGCCGUGCGUCCACUGCUGAAGGCGCGGGAUGUCAUCAAAGACAUCUGCUCCCUCGACGAUGCCUCGACCACCAACCAUGAUCAGAGUUUCCGACGGCUGAAGGAGCUGGUUGACGGCUGGCCAUCCACCAUACUGCCAGCCGGCCGUCUCAUCACAGCGGUGGAUUUCAACGAGCUGUCGCCGCCGUACCAUCUUGAUCUUGCAGAGGAGCCCAGCCCAGGGAUCAUGCUGAUUUAUAAAAACUGCCUAGUUUUGUUGUCUAAAGCGAUGGGAGGUCGAACAACCGCGCGCGGUCUUCUGGCGGAUCUAGACAACGCCGCAUCAGCCACUCCAGCAGCCACCAAUAUUCCGCUGGUACCAGAGCUGCGGGUGGUCCAAGUGUACGAUCUGCACAAUGUUCGAUGCAUGCAGUCUAACUGUGGACGUAUUUUGUUCCUGGCGCCCAUGUCGGUGAAGUCGCGGCCCAAUCAAAACACCACCGUCGACCUGCUUGCAUUGGAGCCCGUGUCCAUGUAUGAAGGACGCGCCAGUCGCAUCAUCGAGGAGAUUGUGAAAGCCAAGAUCGAAGGUCGAUUUUCGGAAAGUGAGCGAGAGAAUGGAAAGUGGACCUUACGCAGCCCAUCUGGGACGGUGGCCAAUCUCGGGGUUUUGGCAUGUGUGUUCGAGGAGGAGGAGACGGCUGCCAAACGACCCAGUGCAUCGAAAAUCCGGAUGGUGUUCAAUACUCCCCGCGCAGUCUGCAGCCAAACGUUAUCGAAUUCCGAUCUCGAGGUUAUUGUGUCGGUCUCCGCGUCGAGCGAGGACCAGUUUCGCGUGGACAUUGACUCCGUCGUGGGCCAUGCAUCCUCCGAUCUUGUGACCGCGGACAGCUUCGUUGCAGUCCUGUCUAAGCGCUUGUCUAAUGUGUUACUCCCGCUGCAUGGCCCGCAGAACCGCACGAUGACCGAAUCGAUAGUGCAUUCCAACUUUGAAAUCCUGCGGUAUCUCGCCGGUCAUCUCAUGGCCAACUUCAAGGUCCCGCGUGGAUUUCGACCGCCAUCAGCCUCAAAGCUACUGUCCAGUCUGCUGGGUAGCCACCAACCCAAGGACAACAACGCGGGCAGCAUAAAAAUGCCCAGCUCAGCAGCGCUGCUUGGUGAAUUCCCUCGCAUGCCACCGCCUCGAGGGAAUAUUCCACGGUCCAAUACGCUGCCUUCUGCGUUUCCAGGGAAAGAAGAGAGUCCGGUUAAGAUUUCUGUGGUUGGCGCGCCGCCUUCGAGGGGGCAAGAAAGUCCAUUCAGCGCUCUGGAGCAGACCUUUGCCGCGUUCGCUCUCGCUCUGCAAUCUCGGAGUGGAAACAUUGUUGGACGCUCUUUACGUGGCCGAGACAACGUGGAUCGUUCGUCAGUCAAUGAGCUGUAUAAUAUCCUCCUGGAAGACCCAGGCAAGAUCCAGGCUGCGGCUGAGGUGUCGGUCGAUACAUUGUUCGUGGCUUUUGAGACGUUCAUGGCUAAUGCAUGGCGCGAACACAUGGGGCCCGUGAUCGAUUCGUCUUCAUUGAACUCGUUGCAGAGCCAAUUUGACAGCAUGUUCCCGCGAGAUUUUGAGGAGAGCUUCCGCAGAUUUCUUGCUGACAUGAGUCCUCAAAAUCGCCGUGCGCUCGCUUCCAUGAUUCGGUUGCUCGCAGAGCUUCUUGAUGCCUCGGGGAAUGACGGAGAUCGUGGUGCGUUAACGGCAGCCUUUGCAGAGGUCCUGACGGUCGAGGGAGAUCCGAUGCAGUACAUUUCCCUGUUGGAUCGUCUCGUGGAUGACUUUGAUAAUUUGUUUGACGAGUAUAUCCCCGGAGGCGCCGACUUGGAAGGGACGCUUAAUUGCGACCAAACCAAAUCGGUGUCCCAGACGGCGGGCUCGAUGAAUUCCAAUGCGUCGUCGUUCCGGAAGCGCUUCGGAUUCAGCCUGCACCGCGAUAACUCCAAGUCGGAAACGGAGAGUAAAGUAUCGUCCAUUUUACGUACGUUGAGCAAGAGUAAAGGAUCGGGCGAUUCCGAGCCUGGGACGCCACGAGGGUCACUGCUGCUCCGGUCCAAGUCCAUCGACGUCGACACGGGGCUGGUUUCGUUACUGCGGCCAGGCUCCCGCGAUCGCCCGGGCGCGUCCACGUCACAAGAGCAUCUUCGUCGUCCCGGAAGCUCACAGGAUGAGGCUUCCUCGUUAUCCUCGAUUCGAGGUAUUUCUACUAAUGGGGUGGUAAGGAUCAGGAGGAGACGGCGGAGUUCUCUGUCCGACAUCAGACCAGGCACAGCGUCAUCUGACGUGUCGAUCUUAUCUACCAGCCAAGGACAGAGACCCAUGACGCCGUCAUCGUCGCUUCCCAACCAGCCGCGAGCGGAGACAAUGACGCCAGCGGGCCAGACACGGCCGCAAACAAGUAACGGCUCGGGCUCGGUCCGCAGCACAUCCCCUGCAAAGAGUGCCUCGCCCACGCGGCUGGCGUCGCCAACCCGCCGAUCGCCGACCCGCCCCGUCACACCCAGUCGCAAGGAGAAUAUCGACCCCAAAUUACCGCAGACCGACCGAGCCCCGAGAAAGAAGGCCGACGCAACGGGGUCUCCUCCCCCGGAUAUCAAGAGGCGGUCGCGGGCAACCAGCAUCCCUUCUUCCCGAGUGCCUGGCUUGAAGGAGCGACCGAUGCAGAUUAAUGGCUCAGACGCGAGACGCUUACAGCCGACGCUAGGCUCGCAAAAGACGCCGAAACUGCGUCUGCAAAGUCCACAGAAGGUGAGCGUUUUCUUAUCUGGUGUGUGGUAUUAUUCUAACAAUCUGCAGCUCCGGGAUCGUUUGAACAGUGAAAAGAAGGCCCAAAAUAUCGCGUCCUUGGGAUUGAAGGAUGAGCUCGAGCUGAUUGGCGCGGAGCUCAAUGCAUUGCGACUGAACCCGACGCCGUACAAGGGAGAUAGCAAGCUUCACUCGCUUGACGAGCCGUUUGCCCCUUCGAGCGCCAACGCCGCGCUGGCUUCCAGGGUUCGUAGCCUCGAGACGAGAUUCGAGACGUUCUCGGAGGAGAUGCAUGGCCGGACUGCCUCGAUCGAGAGGGACCUGGAGUCAUCGUUGGUGGUGAGCGAGCGCCGGGCCAAAAAGCUGGACGAGCUCUACCGGGAGGCCAGCGCCGAGAACGAGGCUCUGUAUGAUCGGUUCAACACGGAGCUGGAGAAGAUCGCCAAGGACGUGCGGACGGGGAACGGGGAAGAGUCGCUGAAAUCGCAGCUGUCGACCGCGCUGGAGGAGAUUGGUCGCCUGAAGAAGGAGAAUUUCCGACUGAAGCGUGAGGUGGGUGGGUUGCGUGCGCAGCAGGCGGCCGUUGCCUUGCUGAAGGCGAGUGAGUGA